ACUUUUUCUCCCAACAAAUCAUCCUUCUUCUUCCCAGUCUUCUUUAUUAUCAUAUAGAAAAGGAAAAAAAAAAUGUCGUCUGAUCUCUAUGGAAAGCUUGAGACAGAUGUAGAAAUCAAAGCUUCUCCCAAGAAGUUCCAUGACAUAUUCAAGCACAGACCACACCACAUAUCCAAUCAUUCAAGCGACAAAAUUCAUGGUUGUGAAAUACAUGAAGGUGAAUGGGGGACUGUGGGCUCCGUCAUCUUUUGGAACUACUUCCAUGAUGGGAAGCCGAGAGUCGCGAAGGAAAUAGUUGAAGCCAUAGAUGACGAGAAGAAUUUAAUCACUUUCAGAGUGAUUGAAGGAGACCUUAUGGAGCACUUCAAGAGCUUGACUGCCACUAUCCAAGCUAAUCCCAAACCUGAGGGUGAGGGAAGCAUUGUUCACUGGACUGUGGAGUAUGAAAAGCAUCACAGUGAAAUUAUAGACCCCCACACACUGCUUCAGUUUCUCUCUGAUGUCUCGAAAGAUCUUGAAAAUCACCUUCUCGAGUAUGAGGCUGAGGCUGGAACUCAAGCUGUGGUUUGAGAAGAAAACGUUAUGGUGGUUUGCUUAUGCUUGGUUGGAACAACUAAAUCUACUGUACGUGUAAAAUAAAUUAGGUGGUGAUCAUAUAUGCAAGAAGUAUGCAUGCGUGUGUACAUAUUAUAUAUAUAUAUAUAUAUCUAUAUAUAUAUGUGUGUGUGUGUCUGUGUGUGUCUGUGUGUGCUUGUUCAUCAUUUUGUCACCUAAAUAAGUAUGUCUUGAGGAGAUUGCUGUGUGUAUUUCCGGUUUGGCAAAUAUUUCCAAGCGUUUAUCAAUAUUUGGCAUGAUCUGUUUCUCU